AUGAAACGGUUUCGAUCCCUGAUUAUAACAGAUCCUUUUACAUUGUCACAUCGUUUAUUUGUAAAAAACUUUAGACUUACUAAAGACGUUGUUAGAGAUUUGAUUAACCUAUUAAAACCACAUAUAGUUUCAAACCAUAUACGUUCGUCUGCAAUUGAUUUGAAUACUAAAGUUUUUAUAACUUUGAAUUUUCUGGCUACGGGCUCAUACCAGUCUCCUAUUGGUAACAGCCGAUUUAUGGCUCUAUCACAACCAACUGUAUCCCUCUGUAUCAGCGAGGUUGUAGCUGCACUAAAUCUACCGGAAAUAUUCAAUGUUUGGGUUAAAUUUCCAAAAGACAUUAAUGAACUUACCGAUAUCCGUAAUGGUUUUUACAGAGAUACAGGAUUUCCCGGCGUUAUUGGAUCAUGUAUAUAUAUAAACCGUAAAGGAUAUUAUUCAAUCAACGUUCAAUUGAUUUGUGAUUCAAAGUUAAAAAUAUUGAAUGUUAAUGCAUUAUUCCCAGGCAGUACUCAUGAUAUACAUGUAUGGAACAAUAGUUCUGUGUUACCAAUAUUACAAGAAUUGUACAGACGCAAUUAUAAUGAUUUUUAUUUAUUAGGUGAUUCUGGAUAUCCAUUGCGUCAAUGGCUCCUAACACCGAUAUCAAAUCCUUCCACUGAAGCCGAGGAAUAUUAUAAUAAAAGGCAAAUGUCAACCAGGAGUGUAAUUGAACGCUGCAACGGAGUCCUAAAAGUGCGAUUUAGAUGCUUGUUGAAAGAUAGGACCUUGCAUUACAAACCGGAGAAAGCAUCAUCUAUUAUAAAUGCAUGUAUAGUGCUGCACAAUAUGUGUAUCUCAAACAACAUAGAGCUAGUAGAUGAACCUGAUGUCCGAGGGCUUGAUGAUUUGGGUAUGAUAGAAAAUGAAGAUACCUUAGCUGAUUUAAACGUCAGAAACAUAGAAUUAGGUCUAGGAAGGCAUCAAAGAAAUAAUGUUAUUAGAUAUUUAUCACAUAGAAAUGUUCAAUAA